CAACCUUUUGAGAAGACAAUGGAAAGAGUUGUGCGAGAUGCGGUUGGCAUCACCUUGCUUGGUGGUUAUCGCCCGCCUGUAGCUGCUGUUGCGCCAGUUGCUGCAGUGCCCGAGGUCCCUGCAGCGGACGGAUUUCCUGGCAUUCCUGCAGUGCCUGCAGUUGCUGGAGUUGCAGCCCAGCCUGCUCAUAUUGAUGGUGCUACGUUGCAACGCGCUCGCAAGAUCUCCACGAACUUGACUCACGUAUUGGCUUAAUGUCUACUCCAUCUUUAUUUUUACUGUUUAAUCUUGAAUUAGGACUCUCUUAAUUUGUAGAACAUCCAUCUCGUCACCCCUUCUUUUUCGUUUCCAGCAUUAUGUUUCUUUCGGUUUUAAAACUUUAGGUUUUCACCAAGAAGAUUGCACGAGAGGCAGAUGAAGAAGUUUUGGCCGAGGCUAUGAAUGAUGUGUAUCAGAAUCGUACGAUUCGCAUUGGUGGCAUGGCAGCCGAUGGUGGUGCUGAGUAUGCAGCUCGUAUCUCCGAUUUUUUCGCCAAUGGCGCUUUUCAGGAGGUGCUGGAAGUCAAGAUUGAGAGGUCAAGUGUGAUAGCUUAUUUUAUUUUAAUAAACCAGUUUUGGGUUUUCGUUUGUGUGAAUAGUGUUUACCUAGGAAAAAUUUUUAUAACUCUUUUACUCAGGGCCAAUUAUGUGAGGAGCCAAGAUUAUCUUCUUCGUGGUGGAUUGGAGAUAGAAAGGCGAAUCGAGAAUGACUAUUAUUUUGCUGAACGUUUGAUCCAGAGGCAGUUUUUCCCCAUUUCUUAUCGCGACUACCACCCCCUUCCUUCUGAAGUAUUUUGCAUGGCCAUUGACAGCUAUCUUCCAGGUUGGCUACUACGUACAAGAGCCGAGAGUUGGGCAACAAGAUGA